UUUAUUUGUUCUCCUUGGCGUUAGUAAUGUUAAUGCUAAUAUUGAUUGCAAUAAUACUUAUCGUCAUAAGUACAAUACGAUGCCGUACCACGUCAGAAGCAAAAAUUACGUUGUACCAGUUAUAGUUGGACUGGCGGUCCCGAUUGCCAUAGUUGCAUUCUGUGGUGUUAUAAUUCUUGAAAUUGAUGACACCGUGUUUAAAUCAAGCCGACACAUGUUGUGCGACGGUCUCUAUGACAAAGUGGAUAGAGUUCUGUUCAAACAGAAAUAUUUAAUAGAUUCGCAUACAAAACUUGCAGAGAAACUUUCGAAAAGCGACAAAUAUUCAAAAUUUUUUAACACCAUUCCCAAUUAUGCAGCACACCUUGCUGACCUCAGGACCGCUGCAGAUAAUUCAAAACAAAUUAAAACGGAGGUAGCGAUGCUUCAGCAUUACUAA